CGGAAGCAGGCGGCGGUGGACGGCACGUUCGUGAAGCGGAUGGCGUUCGUCCUCCAGAUCGUCGUUCCCUCGUUGAACUCCAAAGAAGCCGCGCUGCUCGCGAUCCAGACGCUGCUGCUCGUGUCGCGCUCGUUCAUCUCCCUGCGCAUCGCGCGCAAGGGCGGCGACGGCCUCCAGGCGGUCAUGGAGCACAGCUGGAAGAAGUUCGGGAUCGUCCUCGGCGACUUUUUCGUCUCGGGCGUCGCGGCUUCGGUGGUCAACUCCGCGUUGAAGUACAUGACGAACUCGAUAUCGCUGUCGUUCCGUCAGAGGCUGACGACGUACGUGCAUCAGCGGUACCUCAGCGACCAGGCGUACUACCGCGCCGCGGUGUUGCGGGUCGGGAACUUGGACAACGCGGAUCAGAGGAUCGCGGACGAUCUGAACCAGUUUUGUCACACCGCGUCGGAUUUGUUCUCGAGGACGUUCAAACCUUUACUCGACGUGAUCCUCUCCACGAUGCGCAUGGGCGAGAACAUGGGUUACGGCGGCCUCGUCGUCCUUUACUCCUACUUCCUCUUCAGCGGUGCGGUGAUACGAGCCGUGAGCCCGCCGUUCUCGGAAUACAUCGCGCGGUCGCAAAAGCUCGAAGGCGAUUUCCGCCGGAUGCACUCGCGACUCAUAACGCACGCGGAGGAGGUUGCGUUUUUAGACGGCAGCGACCGCGAGCGCGCCAUCUUAGACCAGAAACUCGAGGCGACGACGACGUGGCAGCAGUUUUAUUUCUACCUCCAGUUCAAGCAAGGCGUCAUCGAUCAGUACUUCGUGAAGUAUUUCGCGUCCAUGAUUGGCUGGCCCGUGCUCGCGUUUCCGUUUCUCACGAAAGCCGGUCACGGCGGACGAUCCCCCGGUGAGAUCGCGGCGCGGUACCGCGAGUCCGACACGCUCAUCCAGAGCGCGAGCAGCAGCGUCGGGGAUCUCAUGAUGGUGUACAAGAAGCUCCAGAGGCUCUCGGGCUUCACCGCGCGCGUCGUCGAGCUGUUGGAAGCCAACGGCGUGAAGAACAUCGUCGCGGCGUUAGAGAAGAAGCUGAGCGCGCCGAGGGGUGGUCCGACGGCGGCGGCGGAGAAGGUUCGAACAGGCGCCGGCGGCGUCGUCCUCAGCGGCGCCGCUAACGACGGCGUCCGCUUCGACCGCGUCUCCGUGUACUCCCCCGACGGCCGCUUGCUCGUGAAAGACGUCUCUUUCGACCUCAAGCCCGGAGAGAAUCUGUUCGUCACCGGCGCGAACGGCGCGGGGAAGACGUCGUUGUUCCGCGUCCUCGCGGGCUUGUGGGAACCCGCCUCGGGCGUCGUGACCCGUCCGGACGUGUUUUACGUCCCGCAAAAGCCGUACCUCGUGUCGGGUUCGCUGAGGGACCAGGUCAUGUACCCGCGCGCCGGGUCGAGCGAUUUCGACGACGAGAUCAUCGAGGCGUUAUCUCGCGUCAACCUCCUGAAGCUCGUCAACGCGCACGGGCUGGAUAGAGUGCCGCACGACUGGGCGGACGUCCUUUCCGGCGGGGAGAAGCAAAGGGUCGGGCUCGCGCGUCUGUACUUCCACAAGCCGUCCUACGCGGUGUUAGACGAGGCGACGUCGGCGAUCAACCCGGACGAGGAAGGGAGCUUCUACGACCACCUCGGGACGUUGGGGAUCACCGCGUUUAGCAUCGCGCACCGGAUGGAGCUGAAGAAGUUUCAUCACUCGCACUUGCACUUUCACGCUGACGGCACGGGGGGGUGGACGCUGAAGCGGAUC